AUGGCUGCCGCCCCUGCCUUUGCACAGCCCCGGCACGUCCACAAGCACAGUCCAGGGUCACCACCGCGCCACGACACUCCUCCUUCUAGCCCUUCAAUACUGCGGCACACGGCGGCGGUCCACCCAAGAACAAAACAUGAACAAAACAAGAACAAAACAGGAAACAGACAGGACCGAAACAGGCGCCUGGUAACCCCUGUGUCGUCUGCUUGCACCUCGCCAUUUGCAAGAGGCUCCAUAUUUUCCACCUUUUUUACCCGUUUAGACCCCAAGUUAAACAUUCCGGUGGAGAGACUGAAAGGCUGCGUGAGGAUGGCGGCCUGCGUGGGGGUCCUGCCUCCCCCUACCCAGGGUGUGCCGCUGCCCCCGGCCUCCCUGGUCAGCGACACCCACCGCUAUGCCUGCAAGUCCUACGCCAACAAGCUGCUGCAGAACCUGUGCGCCCUGUGGCACUCCCAACACUUCUGUGAUGUGGAGAUAUCGGCGGGCGGCUUUGUGGUCAAGGCCCACCGUGCAGUGCUCUCGGCAGGCAGCGCGUACUUUCAGGCCAUGUUCACCGGUGGCCUGGCGGAGGAGACGCAGGCGCUGGUGGAGAUCAAGUCCAUCACCCACGGCAUCAUGGCACAGCUCAUCAACUUCAUCUAUACAGGCGACAUCGAGAUCACAGUGGAGAACGCACAGGAGCUGGUGGUGGCGGCGGACAUGCUGGAGAUCCACCACGUUGUCCACGUCGGCACCAACUUCCUCACCAAGGAGCUCCACCCCUCCAACGCCCUGGGGAUAUACAGGUUCGCCGAGGAUCACCACUUAGUUGAGCUCCUGGAGGCGGCGAGGGACUACAUCUUCUCCAAUUUCUCCGAGGUGGUGAUGGAGGACGAGUUUCUGGAGGUGCCGCGUGAUGUCUUGGUCUGCAUCCUUCAGUCUGAGUACCUCCGCAUCGACUCAGAGUUCCAGGUGUUCUCGGCCGCCAUGCGCUGGAUUGGCCAGGACAUCACCACAAGACGGCGGUACGUGUUCGACAUCCUCAACCAAGUCCGCUUGCCGCUCAUCCCCAGUAAGCUGCUUGAGAAAUCCAUCAGCGACUGUGGGGACAUCAGCCUCAAGGUCGCGCUGCGGAGCAUACAGAAGGACCUGGCCAGCAAGCGCGGGAGUCUGGUUCCUCUCUACGUCCAGCCCAGGAUUUGCGCGCGUAAGAAGAUCUACGUCAUCGGCGGGUCCAAGCGUGAGUUGAUCAGCUCAUGGACGCGGUCGGAGUGCACCUUCGAGAGUGUGGAGUGCUUCGACACUUACCGGAAGGAGUGGCAGAAGGUGUGCCCCAUGGAGAUUGGUCGCAUCCUCCCUGGCAUAUCAGUUCUGAACGGGAGGAUAUACGUGGUGGGCGGGGAGCAGGAGUCGCAGAUCCUGGCCAACGGGGAAGUGUAUGACCCCCAGGAGGAUGUCUGGACCAGCAUAGCAUCAAUGGUGAUCCCUCGCUGUGAGUUCGGCCUCUGUGCGCAUGAGGGGUCCCUGUACGCAUUUGGUGGGUGGGUCGGUGAAGACAUUGGUGGGUCCAUAGAGAAGUACGACCCCAUAGCUGAUGAGUGGAGUCUGGAGUCCAACAUGCCCGAGGCGAGAUUCAGCAUGGGCGUAGUGGAGCACCUGGGCCUCAUCUACAUUGUCGGUGGAUGCACACACAGCCAGCGGCACCUCCACGACCUGCUCUGUUACAACCCCAUAACGGGCGAGUGGCAGAACCUGGCGCCCAUGCUCAAUCCCCGCAGCCAGAUGGGCGUGGCGGUGCUGGACGGCUUCCUCUACGUCGUGGGUGGCACCAACAGACACACCGUACUCACCUCCGUGGAAAGAUACUCCUUUGAACAGAACAAGUGGUUUGAGUGUCCGCCCAUGUCCGUGGGUCGGGCGAGCCCUGCGGUGGCGGCAACCAACUCGCUCCUCUAUGUCAUUGGUGGCGACCAAACCAGCGAGGUGAACGACUUUUACCGGGCACAGGUCACCAUCGCACAUGUAGAGUACUUCGACCCAAACAUGAACCGCUGGCUGGACUGCACCUCCUUACCUGAGAGUCGGUCGGAGGCAGGAGCAGUAGUGAUUUGACCUCCCCCGCCCGCCCUGCGCCGUCCCCAGCCCACCCGCCGAGGCCAACGCCCCCGCGACAGGGACCGACAGGGCCCAGACUACCCCCUGGCCGUGCGGAAGAGAAGCAUAAGUCGGCAGGCCCACAGCCCCCGCCAGCCAGCCUAGCAUUGCCCUCCCUCCAGCCCCACACACACACUGGUGCUGACCUCGCCCCACACGACUUCUCCUUUCCUCCACGGACAAGGUCUUAGUGCGUCUGUCAGUCCAGUAGAAUCAACAUCGUCACUGUUGUCAUCGCCGCCGCUCAGUCCAAAGUUGAAGUUCUUGAAGGGUCUCCUUAACCUGCCCUGGAGAACCUCACAUCAGUCUUGUUGUGACAUCCUCCGAGGCUUCCUGACCAGACAUGAUUUCAUCAAAGUGUUCCAGUCAUAGAGGAAGGUGUCUUGAGCCUGUAUUCUUAAAUGUAUUGUCACCUCAGUUUGUCUGUUUGAAGACUUUUGUAGAAGUUGCUGGGAUCUUCAUGGGCUGUUUUGUGAUCCCAGUGAUAGUUUUACACAACCUCUGGACCUUGAACGAAAAAAGUCACCCAUGAAAACCCAGUUAAUCUUCUCUGUGGCCUUGGAACAUAGUCAUAAAGGAAACUUGAUACAUUUAAGAAUCUGAACCUUAGUGUGCAUCACCUGUUCAGUCUCCAGUCACUUAAGGGAAGAUUCAUGAAUUCAGACCACCUACUCAGUUUCCUGAGUUGUAAGGUGGAUCAACUGAGACUUGUUGAAUUCCAAUUGUUAAGAAAGGGAAAUUGUAAUAAUUUAAGGGUAAUGACAAAACUACUCAAGGGCAUUCAAAGAAAUAUUGGAAGUGGUUUUAUAGGUAGUAAAUUAGACCAUAUUGGUAGAUAUCAGUCUCAUAUUAAGACCAAUCAAAAGUUAUAAUAUCAUGGCCUUCAAUCUGAGAGGCUUAAAUGGAACUGAAUUUUAUCCUAAUGGUGAUCAUUGAGGACACAAAGGUUUGAGGGUUUUCAAACAGAUCCAACUCACUUUGAGACAUGUCAUACAAGAACUCAAUUAAAGGACUUUGUUAGGUUACGUGAAUAUCAGUGACAGAGGCAGCACCUGUCACCUUUAUGGUGGCAUAGAGGUGUUUGGCUGCCAAGGUGUGGUGGCUGUGAGGGAGGGAUGCAGGGAAGGGGCAGCUCACCGCUCAUCUGGCCUGUUCACCCUCUCGGACCCCUGCCCAGGGUGGUGGCAGGGAGGAGAGGGGUGCCAGGAGAUAUUUGGCUGUGUCAGUCAAAGGUGUGUCUGUUUAUCUGUAGAAAGAGAGUCAGUCUGCAUGCCUUCGAAUGCAUCCGUGUUGGCUUCCUGAAAACUGAGAGCCAAGAAUCGCUGACAUGUUUUGCUUCUCUUUCUUGAUGUUUUUGGGGUGUAUCUCUUCAUUACACGACUAAAAGGAACCAAAGAAAUGAUUGCUAGACAAGCACAAGGAAGUAAUGUCUUAUUCUUGUGCCAGGUAGAGAUCUGAAAGGGCUGUCCAUGUAACACACGAUAAGACAGAACUAGCUCUGUUCAUUAUCACUCCAGUAUGGACGGCCCCCAGAGCAGCAGUAGUGUAAUUUGUUGCCUUCACAUAAUUUGCAAUGCUUCAGAUGACCACGUUACUACCCCCUGAAUAUCUAGGAAAGUAGCUGGAGACUUCACUGCAUUUUAUACUGAUGCUAGAGUGAGUAAUUGGGUCUGUCACACACUAGGAUGUAACAUAGGAUGACAUGAAGUUGUGUGUUGCUGUGUCAGGUUUGGCUGCUGUGAUGGAGCUCAUAAGCCACAGGAGUCACUCAGAGCUCAACCCACACCCCAGGACCAUCACAGUAACCUGCCACCUCAUGUAAGAGCCAAAACAAGUCGCACCACAGCGGUCCCUCAGAGCUCAACCUACAAUAUAGGAACAUUAGAGUAACACAGUUCAUGACCAAGUCUAGAUGUUUCUCAAAGCUCAGCACACUGUAGGAAUAUGAAGUGACACUUUCAUGAUCUGUGGCAGUUUGCAGUAGCGUCCUGGAGCUCAACUCACAGCACAGGAGCAGUGUAGUGACAGACUGGGUGGUGUGGAGGGGGGCAGCGGUGGGCCGCCUCCCUGGGUGUGUAGAUAGUUCAGCGCACUGCUUCCUUGAGGCCUCUUAGUUUCAUUGGGUAGGUUUGUAGCGUAGUGCCGAGUCUUAGUUCAGGCAGAUUAUUUCUAAGCUUAUUGCCAAAGGGUCUUUUGUAUGAGAGUAUGCUAAGCCUGAUCUGACUUUCCUUGGUGUUUGUGAGUGUUAAGCCUUAACUCAGUCCUGUUAAGGAGCCGUUAUAUCUACGUAUCAUUUCUAUAUUUCAAAUUUGAAAUGCAAUUUUUCCUAAGCACUUGUAUGUACAAGUGUCAGUCAACUGGAGGCUGGGCGGGCGUGGUGCUCGGCCGCACAAUGAAGGGCUGCUUACUUUACCUGACUGUAUUAUUCCUUCCCUCCUUUCCUUGUCAUCACCACAUCUCUUACUUCUUUCUUUCCUUCUCUCUGUGGACACUUCGGGCUGUGCUGCAGCCCGCCCAGCCUUCCUAUAGUAGUAGAAACGCUAGGCUGUUGCUUUGUUCUGUGGAAUGUGUGUGAGUGUGGGUGUUGGUGUGUAGCCGCCAGCCAGGGCCCGGGUGUGGCUUGGCCGGCCUGAUCUGCUUGCCAUUGCCUUACACAGAAUCAUCCUGUGCUUUACCUGUACAUAAUGGAGCUUGGUUAUGUGGGGAAACUGCUCCUCACCUGCUUGUCUGUGGGCAGUGACUGGGUGUGCAAAGGGUGUGAAAGGGUAGGAGAAAGAGAGAGGAGAGAAAGAGAAAGGGUAUGAGAGUGUGAGGAAGAGUGAGGGUGAGAAAGAGAUAAAGGGUGUCUGGGUGUGAGAGGGUAUGGAAGAGGGAGGAGGAGAGAAAGAGAAAGGGUGCAAGAAAGUAUGGAAGAGUGAGGAGAUAAAGGGUGAAAGAAGGUGUGGAAGAGGGAGCCUGAAAGAAAGAGAAGAGUGGCUGGGUAUGCAAAGGGUUUGAGAGGGUAGGGAAGAGUGAGGAGGGAAAGAAUGGAUGCAAGAGAGUGUGAAAGAGUGAGAAGAAAGAAAGAGUGUGAGGGUGAGAUGUCAGGUCUAGCUAGGAGUCUAAGAAUGUGGAGAUGGUCUGUGUGCGGUUUGUUGUGGUUGUGGUUGGAAGUAGUGGUGGCGGUGGUGAGUGCUUGGUGUCAUCUGAGGAUCCCUGUUGCUUACAUACAGUCUCUUACUUGUAUACACUUUCUAACGAACAGUAUCACACACACACCUGUACGGCCCAGUUUUCUGUCCAUUUUCUAUCUCACCCGCAGAGCUUUAAACAUGAUGCCGAGGAAUGAAAUCAGCGAACAGAAAACACUCCAAGAAAUGACAGGCUACACAGCUAUCAACUAGACCUCAAUACCUCUGUACGUGCUUAGGAAAGAGAGAGGACUAGGACCUUUUUUGGCAUUGGAUUGGUUGGCUUUCCUUUCGCUUGGGCACUGCCAACUAUAGGAACGUAGCUGCACCAUGAGGAUAAUGUAGGCGUGUUAAACCAAUCACAGUGAGUGUUGCUGUUCUGCAGAGGCACUGUAGGGGUGUUACAUAAGUGACAGAUGUGUUGCAGUGUUGUUUGGACACUGUAGAGGGAGUUCUGUGUUGCAGGUGUUUUAAGAAAGUUAUAGUGUUGGAGCACUUUAGGGAAAGUUUAGUGUUGCAGAGGCACUAUCAAAUUGUUACAGAAGUGGCAGAGAUGUUGCAGUGUUGUUUGGGCACUGUAGAAGGAGUUGUGUGUUGCAGGAGCUGUUUUAAGUCAUGUUAUAGUGUUGCUGGAGUAUUGUAGGGGAGGUUUAGUGUUGCAGAGGCACUAUCAGAACAUUAUAGAAGUGGCAGAGGUGUUGCAGUGUUGUUAGCACACUGUAGAGAGGAUUAGCAUGUUGAAGUGUUGAAGCAGUGGUUGUGUUAUUAUAUUACAGAAGCACCAUAGGGGAAAUUAGUGUGUUGCAGAGUCACUGUAGGGGAAGGUAUAGUCGGUUUCCCAAGUCUAGGGUGAGCAUUAUUGUGCUCUGGCAGCUUGAUGUCACGUGGCAUGUCCGAUUUCGUGAACCAUAAAAAUUAUGAUAGCCUACGCAUAGGAACGAGUCGUCAUUUUCAAUAAUACGCAGGCAACAAUAACAAAUACUGCAAUUGCAGUCAAUUUUGAGUUAAAAAUUAUUAGUACAGUCACAAACGGCUGUUUUGUUAAUUUACAAGAUCACUGAUUUUAAUUAUUUAGCAGUCUUGGCGCUGUCCACCACCGAGAGAAUUAGCAGGCUUUAUAUUAACCCGUACAGUACUAGCGACGCGUAUACGCGUCAGCGCCUAUGAUUGCAGGAAAUACUAGCGAUGCAUAUACAUGUCGGGCUUGCUAAACACUGUUACAGUAGAUGUGGCGGGUUUAUUUUUGCUACUGAGACAGCUGCAGACAAUGGCAACACUGUGCAAGUGCAUUUGUAGCAUUGGCAACACUACCCAAGCUGGGGAGGAAUCACAAGCCACCUGUGACUUUAAGAUCAAGGUCAAGACCAAGUGUAAACAAUGUCUCGGCAGCCCAUUCAUUUGCCACAUGGGGAUAGACAGUGAGUUUGAGGUUUCCUCAUCUGAAGAAGACAUGGGAGCACUCUUAGACUCUGGUUCAGACAAGGAUUUUGUUCCAGAUGAGGAGGAUAUUGGCUAUAUUGAGCCGCCCUAGUAACACGAAAUUCUACUGUCCUGAAAAAUCUGAAAAUCCUACACUUAUACCCCAUGAAAUGGUGCUAUCUGGAGUAUUCUACUCAAGAAAAAUGGGCUACCUGGCCUCUUUCACUUGUCAAAUCCUCCACAAACCAUCGAUCACGUACAGGGGCCGUUUCCAGCCACACUGUUGUAACUCAAAAUUGACUAUAAUUGACAGUAUUCGUUUUUGUCUGCAUAUUAUUAAUACUGACAACUGUUUCCUAUGCUAGGCUAUCAUACAGUAUCCACGCAAUCAGACACGCCAUGUGACAUCAGGCUACCAGAGGAUGAUAAUACACAUCUCAGCCUUGGAUGAAGUGACGUGUUGCAGGAGCCAUUGCUGGGGGCAUGGCAGGUGUGUGGGAGCGGGUGUGUAGAGACAAGCACUGCAGGUGUGCGGUAGUGACGAGUGGGUGUGUAGACGAGGGCAGCUCCGCUGGGAUCUUUAGCCUGAGAACACUAUCCGUCGUAAGCUUACUAAUCAAAUUGAGUCGUAGUCUUGCUGUCUGUUUUGUGGAGUCUUCCCUCCCUCACAGGCGAAGGCUUCCUGCCAUGUCUUUGUUACGUCUGUGUUUCUUUGAGGUUAUAUUCCAUUUUAGAGUUUUAUAUAAAUACACACACUAUAUAUAUACAUAAAUGAAUUAUUUUAUAUAUACUAUACCAGAAAACUUCAUGUAAUUUUAUAUAUGUGAACAGGGUGGCAGGCCAGGGGCCCAGGUCCCAGUGCCUGGCACACCGCCCCAGCCUGCCCUGGACUGGAGGGCUGCUGUGUGCCCUCCUGCAAUCCUUCCUUCCUGUACCACUCCCUUGUUCAGUGUUGGUCGCACCACAUACCGACAAUUACAAAACUUGAUUAAAUUAUAAACUUCAUUUAGCAGAAACUGUCCAGAAAGAAAAUUGAGUAAUUUUCCACAUAUCAAAGUGCUAUUGAAACAGUAACAGAGGCAUAUCUAUUAAUGCAUGAACAUGUCUUUAUUAUGAUUGUGAAAUUAUAAGCUGGAUAAAGCACUGAACUGAAUCUCCAAUUACUGAACAAGGGGCUGCGGUACAGGUACUUUUUGUUUCCUGUAUGACCUUUGGUAUGAACUUGCAUGUAUGUUAUAUAAUUUAGCUAUUCCAAAAAUAUUUAUUUUUACUUUACUUAGACCUUAAGUAAAUUCAAAACAUUUUUUUAUUCAUGUCAAGGUUCAUCCACCAUUUUAGUUCAUAAUUCUCCACAGAACAUUUCUUUUACAUUCCUUCAAGCUUGUGCAGCACCCUGUCUGUGGUGGCUGUGUCACAGCUAAGAUCCAGCAGCACCAGGCAUGUGUUUGUUGCAACACUGUGUGCCCCUCAAAACCUUGCUCAGAGGCCAUGAGUUGGCAACAGUGCUGUCCAUGGGCCAUGCGUCAGCAUGGACAGCACUGCUAGGUCAUGGCCCUCAGAGGGACCACACAGUUGUUGUGGUCAGCAUCUGGUGUCCAGGGAAGCUCUGGUGCCUCUGCUGGGCCCCCCUGAUGGAUACACUUCUGUCCUUGGCAAAUUGUUCAGGUUCAAUGUCUUAAUAUUCUCUAAAGAAAAGCUUUAUUUCACUUUCAUUCCAUGGAACUAUUACUACCCAGCUAAUCUGCUGCCAGAAUAUGCAUUUAGCUGACUUCCAGGCAGGGAAGGAAAACCCUUCAGGAACCUGUACUGUCAGCUGUGUGUUGACUUGGGACAUUGUCAAGGUCGUGGUGUUGUUAUGCUUUGUAGUUUGUUUUCCUGGCCGGCAGCGGGGCUGGAUCAUUACGGCCGCACGAAGGGUUCACUGAGAUGAAUCCUUUGUUUUACUUACACAAAACAUUUUGUCAUGUCAUAAGCAUUGAGUGCAUGUGCCCAUUUUAGCAUAAUUCUGAUACUCAUCAUAUUUUCCUACUGUGAACUUUGGCAUGCAGGGUCUUCUUAUUAAGGUGAUAGCCAUCCUUCUUUUUUCUUGUUCUGGUCAUAAUAUACCAAAGAUUGACAAAUGAUUGUUCUUGUCUAACCGUGGCAAGAUUUGUUUUGUUUCUGACAUCACAGUUCCCGGACCAGUGAAUAUUAGUUUGUACUUAGCGCUGAAGUUAGUAUUCUUACUGAACACCAGUGAUUCAGAGAGAUCCAUUUAUGUACGUAUGUGCAAUUCAUUCAUUUUUGCCUUGAUCAUUCCUACUCUAAGCAUCUUAAAAGAUACUGUAUAAAUUACACAAGCGGUUUACCAUAGUUACUCAAGGGCCUCCCCAUCACCUUAUAAAGCAGGCACAGUAAAGACUCAGUUUACUGAAGAGAUUGGAAGCAAACCUUCACCAAGGCUAAGGUCCCUCAGCCUUACUUGAAAUGUCAAGUAAUGUUUGCAGAAUGAAUAACUGCAAGUGCAAUCAGUCCCUUGUUUAUCAGACCUGCAGCAAGUGUCCCAACAUUUAAACAUAUUCAGACUAAAGAACAUAAACUAAUAAUAUAAAUCCCAAUUCAUAAACAAAUUCAAAUUAAAAACAAAAGAUAAUAUAGCUGCUAAAGAACGUACUGAUUGUCAUGGAGAGUAAGCGUGUGACACCACCAUCCGAGGCUGUCACAGAGGAUCAUGUAUGUAGGGCAGAAUGUUAAAGGUCCCGCUUCUUUUAGUAAAAAUGUAACAAUACUCUUAAGUUCUGCUGUAACAUGAAGUCAUUGGGUGCUCACAGGCCCAGGUGGGGGGAGGCAUCGCAGGACCUCCCAUCUGGUGAAUCAGUAGUUUCUGGUGCAGGCUAGUCAGUUUUAGUAGCUUAGAAAUGUCUGGUGAGGCCCUGUUGUACAUACUUGAGAGUGGUGUUGUGUGUAGCUCCUGGCGGGGUGGAGUGUGGCGGCAGCAGCAGUGGCACCCGGCUCCAUCCUGCCUUGGGAGACCGAGCGGCGUGGCUUCUCAAUCUGACUGAUUUGGUGUAACAUUCUGUUCUUCUCAAGUAACACUUUUAAGAACAUCAAGUUGCUGAUAUGAUAUUACCCUAAAAUAAACAGGACUAACUUUUCCGAGCAUAUUCACAUCAGCAAGUCCAAUGUACAUAAACAGUUCAGGAACAAGCUAACAGUUGUAGCUCUAGCACAAAAUCUGUGAUGUUAUUGAAAGUUUAUGUUAAUAUUAGGUCAGUAUUUUUUUUCUGCAUUGCUGUACUGGGAGAUAGAAUUAUUGUUCAAAUGUUAAUGUUGAGAAUCUUUACAAGUUCUGAAAGUUGAGGUGUUGUGUGUUUUUAUCUGCACUGUUAGUUGUGGAGGUGGACUUUGUAACUUGCUCAGUUCUCAAAAUAAAAGGUAAAUGUCU